AUGGCUGCGUGGGUCGUGUUCUACGGAAGCAGUUCGCCGUUGACCCGCAGCUGGACUGUUCAGCAGAGUCACCUUCAGCACAGCUGGACCAGGAAGACGUUCCGACAGUCGAUGGUGUGUGUUGCUGCAGGGCGAGGAAAUGCAGCUAAACAACCCGUGUACGACCUUACCGGGCAUUGCUCGAUCGUAUACGAUAACACACUUUACGCAUACUCAUCCGCUGGGUUUCAGUCGCUGGCAUUGAAAGAGGGGGCACAAUGGGAGAAGCUGCCUAUGGACAUAUCGUUGACAGGAGCCCAGUGUGUGAAGACAUCGGAUAAGCUUUACAUUGUUGGAGGGUCCCCAAACGCAACCGCCGCAGAGUGGAAUUACCCUGGAUUGAUGCACUACACGUUUUCGACGAAGAAGUGGGACUGGCAACGAUCAGAAAGCUGGAACACGCAGAACCGACAGAAUCAUGGCGCAACAUAUCUUGCUGGAUCGGAUAAGAUUCUUGUCUACUCAGGCUCUCAGAAGACUGGAGACAUGGGUGCCUCACCAGAGACCUUCCUAUUCUCUACGAAGGAGCCGUUUGCCGUACAGAGUUUUCCUUCAAACGGCGUACCUCCAUCUGUAAAGCCUAUGCUUAUGGCAUGGGAUACGACCUCUGCUCUGAUGAUUGGAGGUGGUGCGACAAACGCCGCUGCUUGGACUUUCAGCGAAGAGAAGGGGUGGGAGAACUUGGGCGUCUCAUUAGACUCGGGCAUUGUGAACCAAAACUCUGUCCAGUGCACUGUUGUUAUUGGGACAGAUGGAAGCAAGGUUCUGCAAAAGUUCGACAUGGGAGUCUCACCCAACAAGGUCGAACGCCUCGUACUCUUAGGCGAAGGUGGAGUCGUGGCUGAGACCGGAACCACCGUUGGUGACAAGGCAAAGCGAAACACCAUUGCCGACUGGCCAACCUACAACGCAACUUCCGCUCCCACAUACACAAGAUCGGAUUUCACUGUCGCUCAAGGCGAUGACGGAAUGACCGUUGCUCUCGGAGGAAACACACAAGACCCAUUGUGCCUCUUCAAUGCGAAAGAGAACGCAUGGAUAAAUGCGACCACCUUCUUCGGUGGACAAGAAGUGUUGUCUGCAUCAGAGACAUCCUCAGUCUCGAGUAGUCGCCCCACAGCGACAACGUCAUUGACUGCAUCUUCCAGCGCCUCUGCCACAGACUCAAUGGCGGCAGCUGCAACACCGCCGAACAACAAGUCCAAGAUGCUGACUGUCCUCGGUGCGACACUUGGCACCAUCUUCGGCAUUGCUGCAGUCCUGAUCUUGAUCUUGUUCUGCUUGAAGUACAGGAAGAACAAGGUCAAGAAGGGACAGCAAACCGGAUAUGUAGAGCGUGAGAAGGAUCGUCUUAGCUUUGCCGACCGUGGCGCAGACUUCAUGAAGGAGGCUGGCGGAUCGGUAGCAGCCUACAACCUUCCACAGGGCAAUGACUCUACUACGUCUCUGGCCAUCAUUCAGGGCCGAGGAGGCAAUGGCCACAAGAAGAACAUGGCAAGCGAUGCUAGCACAGCAGGCCUCGUUAAGAAACCUAGCCCACUUGCAUACUCGCAAGAGCCAUACGAGCUGUCCAAAUUUGACUUGAAGCCUGAGCCUGUGGAAGAGAAGAUGGUACGACAGAACUCUGGUCGAAACCCACCUGUGAACAAGAACAACGAACGAAGUCGAAGCUCUGGAUGGAGUCGAUACUUCGCUAACAACGAAGCCACCAACCUUGCUAUGCCGGUCAACAACGACAACAGGUCCACAUUUGCUUCAGACAGGAGUAGCAUGCUCAGCCAGUCACAGUACACCAACUCACGAAUGCCGAGCCAACAUCCUUCGACGUAUAUUCCCCCGCUUGAGAUUCCCAAGUUCGACGGCCAGCGUCUCAGCCGGGUAGCCAGUGGAAGUCCAACACUCGGCAGCAUUCAAAGCCAAUCCCUUCCACACCAGCCCAUGCAAGCAGAGCUCGGCCGUGCCAACUCCAACGGUAGCUCAAGAUCUGGUCUUAGCCACAACGAGGAGCACUACUUCCGCAAUCCUGUCGAAAGCUGGACACCAGUCGGCGAUGUCGGUCGGCCACCUAGCAGUGCAUACACUGGCAGCAUGAUCAUCGAGCCGAACAACAACCACAAGUUCGACGGCGCCAGCUCGUACUAUCCCGAUGACGGCAACUCUUUCUACCCGAAGAGUAACUUCAGCUCGUUCUACCCUGGCCAAGGCAAGAACUCGCUUGAUGUGCCCGAUGCUCGCGGUAGCACAUUCACCAUGUUCCCUUCAGGACAAACAACUGCUGCACCAGUUGAGGAGAUGCCCAAGAGCAAGUUCAGCUCCAUGUACCCUGUACCGCCUCGUCUAGGCCUGACACCGCAGGACCGCGAGAGCACAGUCACCGUCUUCCCAGGCCCACAUCAACCUCAGACAGCACAGAUUGAAACCAUGCCGAGUCCGACGUUCAACUCGUUCCACCCGGGCGUUCCACGCAUAGGCCAUGACAGCACUGCCACGAUGUUCCCAGGAGGCCCACCUGGCGGGCCAAAUCCUCCGAACAAUAAGGAGGGUGACAAUAUGUCAUGGCUGAACCUGGGCACAAGCCGGUAA